AUGCAGAAUGUCAUUGCUGACCUAGCCAGCCCUGCCUGCAGAGUGAGAGCUCUUAGAGCUAUGGCAGUCAUGCUGGCUGUAUUGGGAACUGGAAUUUUCCUCCAUUUCAUCCUGAGAAGCAGAGAAGCCUUGUGGGGUAAGACUGUGAAGUCUGGUGUGGACAGCCUGGUGGAAGCAAGCCAGCUCAUGGUGGACAAUGCAGUCUACAACACCAUGAAAAGAAACCUCAAGAAAAGGGAAGUCCUUUCUCCAACCCAGCUUCUCUCUUUCUCCAAGCUGCCAGAACCCACCAGUGGGGCUGUGUCCCGAGCAGCAGAGAUUAUGGAAACAUCCAUACAAGCCAUGAGACGUGAACAAUCACAAUUCUCCACGGAUGGCCUAUCAGCAGACCUUCUGAGCACGAUCGCCAACCUGUCAGGAUGCUUGCCUUUCAUGCUGCCACCAAGAUGUCCUGACACUUGCCUGGCAAAGAAGUACCGGCACAUCACAGGGGCUUGCAACAACAGAGAUCACCCCAGAUGGGGAGCCUCCAACACAGCCCUAGCAAGAUGGCUGCCUCCUGUCUACGAAGAUGGCUUCAGUCAGCCCAGAGGCUGGAACCCUAAUUUCUUAUACAAUGGCUUCCCACUGCCCCCGGUACGGGAGGUGACAAGGCACCUCAUUCAAGUUUCAAAUGAGGCUGUGACUGAAGAUGACCAGUAUUCUGAUUUCCUGUCAGCAUGGGGACAGUACAUCGAUCAUGACAUUGCCCUCACACCGCAGAGCACCAGCACAGCAGCCUUCUGGGGAGGUGUGGACUGCCAGCAGACCUGUGAGAACCAAUAUCCCUGCUUCCCCAUACAGCUUCCCUCGAACACCUCGGGGACCACUGCAUGCCUGCCUUUCUACCGCUCCUCGGCGGCCUGUGGCACUGGGGAGCACGCGGUGCUCUUUGGCAACUUGUCCGCAGCCAACCCGAGGCAGCAGAUGAAUGGCUUGACCUCCUUCCUGGACGCGUCCACAGUGUACGGCAGCUCCCCGGGCGCGGAGAAGCAGCUGCGCAACUGGAGCAGCUCCGCGGGGCUGCUGCGUGUCAACACUCGCCACUUAGACAGUGGCCGUGCCUACAUGCCCUUCGCAUCCACCGCCUGCGCUCCAGAGCCUGGAGCCCCACAACCCACCCGUGCGCCCUGCUUCCUGGCUGGCGAUGGCCGAGCCAGCGAGGUCCCUGCCCUGGCAGCAGUGCACACCUUGUGGCUGCGUGAGCACAACCGCCUGGCUGCGGCCUUCAAGGCCAUGAACACACACUGGAGCGCUGAGACUACCUACCAGGAGGCUCGCAAGGUGGUAGGCGCGCUGCACCAGAUCAUCACCAUGAGGGAUUAUAUCCCCAAGAUCCUGGGUCCUGAUGCCUUCAGGCAGUAUGUGGGCCCAUAUGAAGGCUAUGACCCCACUGUGAACCCUACUGUGUCCAACAUCUUCUCUACUGCUGCCUUCCGUUUUGGCCACGCCACAGUUCAUCCACUGGUGAGACGGCUAAACACUGACUUCCAGGACCACAAAGACCUCCCCAGGCUGCAGCUGCAUGAUGUCUUCUUCAGGCCCUGGAGGCUUAUCCAGGAAGGUGGUUUGGAUCCAAUAGUGAGAGGCCUCCUGGCAAGACCAGCCAAGCUGCAGGUACAGGAGCAGCUGAUGAAUGAGGAGUUGACUGAGAGGCUCUUUGUGCUGUCUAAUGCGGGCACCUUGGAUCUGGCAUCACUAAACUUACAGAGAGGCCGAGACCAUGGCUUACCAGGCUACAACGAGUGGAGAGAGUUCUGUGGCUUGUCCCGCCUGGAGACAUCAGCUGAGCUGAACAAGGCCAUCGCCAACAAAAGCAUAGCCAACAAGAUAAUGGACUUGUACAAGCACACAGACAACAUAGACGUCUGGUUGGGAGGCCUGGCUGAGAAGUUCUUGCUGGGGGCCCGCACUGGCCCUCUAUUUGCCUGUAUCAUUGGGAAGCAGAUGAGGGCCCUGAGGGAUGGGGACAGGUUUUGGUGGGAGAACAGUCACGUCUUCACAGACGCUCAAAGACAGGAACUGGAAAAGCAUUCACUACCUCGGGUCAUCUGUGACAACACUGGCCUUACCAGGGUACCCGUGGAUGCCUUCCGUACUGGAAAAUUCCCCCAGGACUUUGAGCUUUGUGAGGACAUCCCUAGCAUGAACCUCAAAGUAUGGAAGGAGACCUCUCCACAAGAUGACAAGUGUGCCUUCCCAGACAAGGUGGACAAUGGGAACUUUGUGCACUGUGAAGAGUCUGGGAAGCUAGUACUCGUGUAUUCCUGUCUCCAUGGAUACAAGCUGCAAGGCCAGGAGCAGGUCACAUGCACCCAGAAUGGCUGGGACUUAGAGCCUCCUGUCUGUAAAGAUGUUAAUGAGUGUGUAGAUCUGACACACCCACCUUGCCACCCCUCUGCAAAGUGCAAGAACACCAAGGGGAGCUUCCAGUGUGUGUGCACAGACCCCUACGUGCUGGGUGAGGAUGAGAAGACCUGUGUAGAUUCUGGCAGGCUUCCUCGGGCAUCCUGGGUCUCCAUAGCACUUGGCGCUCUCCUCAUCGGUGGUUUGGCCAGCCUCACCUGGACUGUAAUUUGCAGGUGGUCACGUUCUGACCGGAAAUCCACAUUGCCAAUCACAGAGAGAGACGCAAGAGUGACCACCCAGUCUGAACUCAGAAAGAGUCCGGAGAGGGGGAUUUCGCCACUCAAGGCUGCAGCUCAAGACACUGGACAGGUCGUUAACUGGUAA